AUGUCUGCCGUACCGGCCAGACCCUACAAGGACGACUUCAUCGAUACGCCCGCCCGAUGGCCGGAGCUGACCAACACGCCGGACAUGGCCCACACCAAGCGACUGGCCUUCGCAUCCUGGGUGAUGGCGACCUACUUGCCCAUCUGCGACGACAUCAUGGAAGCCAACAACGCCCCUGCCUGGGCCUUUGCGUGA